GGCGAGGAUAGGGAGAGAGAAACACACAACAAGAGCUCAAAAUGUCUAGUUUUGCCGACAAGUUCAGCGCUUACACGAUGACCCAGCUCAACGAAAUACUGGAGGACGACGAAAAGCUCACGCAAAUGGUACAAGAGAUGGACGAGAUGCAGGAGGUCCAGCAGAGCAAGGAGACGACUCUGGUCAGCAACCGAACCCUGGCGGAGCUGAAUCUGGCCCUGCAGCCUAGACUGGAGCACAAUAAAGAGGAGCUCACCAAGCGCUACAACUGUCUUCAGGAGAACUUUGAAACCUACCAGCUUCGCAAGUCCACCCUAGACCACAAGUCAGGAAACACCUCCCUGGACAUUUUGCUGGCUCUGCUGCAGGCAGAGGGAGCCAAAAUAGAAGAGGAGACAGAGAAUAUGGCCGACUCCUUCCUGGAUGGCGACAUGACCCUGGACUCCUUCAUCGACGCCUACCAUAACAAGAGGAAGCUGGCCCACCUGAGACGGGUCAAGAUCGAGAAGCUGCAGGAAAUGGUGAUGAGGGGCCAGCAUCUCCCCCAGGCGUCAGUCCCUACCUCCCGAUCUCAGGACGUGUCAGCGGCAGCCAGACCUUCCUCCUCCCUCCUCGGCGAGGACGGCAGUGGCUCGUCCCCGGUCCCCCAGCCUAGAAGGAAACCCCCACCUCCUCCAUCCCAUCCAGCCCCGAUUCUUAAUCAAGUCCCCACUAACCCCCAGUCUCCCCUCUUCUACUCCGCAACGCCAUACCCCCCAAUCCCUCCAAGAACGAGCCAACAAUUCCCCAACGUCCCCACUGGGUAUCCCAGCCACUUCCUAUCUCAGUACCCGCCCGCUCUGCCGCAGAGGCCUCCACCUCGCAUGGCCCCGCAGCCCGGCUUCAUCAUGCAAUAAAUAAAAGCCGUUUCCGCUCAGAGGACACGGUGCGUGUCUCAGACUUUUUCACCACUUGACCUCCUCUGAGAACUAUUUUUCUAUGUCGUCCGCCUUCUUGGAAUUCUGACCAAUUACGACAAAAGAAAGCGGACCUGCGCUGGCUGGACUGGUCAAGUUCAGCCGAAGCAGAUCUCCAUUAAUCUCCGCGGAUCCACGCUCACCUCUCACACUCCCAUCAGCGCAACCGACCAACCAACAACAACAACAACAAUAACAAAAAGACGUGACGAGAUCGGCCUCGACUCCCGCUUGUCCCUUCAGAGGAGGGGGGAGGGCCUUCCCCGUAGGCUGUAGUGAAAGAAGCGUCAGUCUGUGGGUCACCGAGCUGGGACUUUUUUUUUUUUCAUUUAUCAGCACUUUCAGUCUCCAGGUGGCGCCCUCAGCUGUGCAUGCUCCUUAGUUUUCAGUCUCUCACCUCCCCACAGACAUGUUCCUCAAGCUGCUGCUAUUAAGGAACACUAGAGCAAAAAAAAGGAAAGAAAGGAGGGGGGGUUCAGUUAAUCAUUCUAUUUCCUACCUGCAGCAUACUAAUAUUAACGAUACAUAUAUGCAAACAAAGAGAGACCCUAAUUACUGUGCAGUUUUAUUCAAAUAUAGAAUGAAUACAUUCAGGCAAAACUGCAUCUAUGCUGUCAUUUUUAUUUUAAAUGAAAAAUUCAGAAGGUACAUAGAAAUAUUUGACAUGUUUUUAUGAUAUAGUACUAAUGGAGUUAUGUUAAUAAUAGCCAGGAUAGACUGAUUAACA